AUGUCCGCUGCAGCCCCAUCACUUGCCACAAUUGGCAUCCUGUCUAUCGGCGACAUGGGCCUCGGCAUAGCCAAACUGCUGCGCGCCCAUGGCUUUGCAGUGGCAACCAAUUGCGAGGGUAGAAGCCAAGACACGAUCAAGAGGGCUCAAGCCGCGCUCGUGACCAUUUAUCCUACGGAUGAGGAACUCGUCAGUAAUUGUGAUGCCAUCCUGUCCGUGGCGCCGCCUCGCGACGCCACCGAGAUUGCAAAACGUGUUGUCGGCGCCGUCACGUCGGUGCGAGGCAAAACGUCAAGCACUGAACCACUCUACUUUGCCGACAUGAAUGCCGUGGCGCCUUCCACCAUUCGUGAGAUGGCGGGCCUCUUUGUCCCUGCAGGCGCCCUCGUGCACUUUGUCGAUGGCUCAAUUAUCGGCGGCCCGCCAACAGUCAAGGGCAAUAGCACCGAUUGGAGCGCGCCGGCCAUGUACACGUCAGGACCGCACCGAUUCGAGGAUGCCCUAGUCUGGGGCUCCAAGUUGGCCGAAGUGCUUCGCAUGCGCCACAUUGGUGAGAACAUUGGCGCGGCGAGCGGACUGAAAAUGUGCUUCGCCUCGAUGAGCAAGGGCUACACCGCCAUCGCCAUCCAGGCAUUCACGAGCGCCCAGUCCAUGGGCGUGCUGGGGGAGCUGCAGGGCGUCAUGGCGGAAAUGCUCCCGCAGCGCGCGGCGGAGACGGAGAGGGGCCUCGUCUCCAUGGCGCCCAAGGCGUACCGGUGGGUGCGCGAGAUGGAGGAGAUUAGCAAGACGCACGUGGAAGAGGGCGGCUUCGACCCAGAGCUCUUUCUCGGAGCCGCCAGUGUGUAUCGCGCCGUCGCGGACGAUACUGUGCUCGGCCAGGAGAAGAUUGGGGAAAGGAAGAGAGGCACCACCGCAGAGGAUAUCGCCGCGGCAAUGGUAGAAGGACUGAGUCAGAAGAAGAAAGACUGA